AUGCCACGUCGUCUGAAGAGUGCUCCAGUUGUUCGUUCAUUUCCACUAACAUCCGUUCUUGCAGUUCCUGAACCACGACUUAUAACUCCUAUUAUUCCAGUGACAACAAAUGAAAUACCAAGAUCACCAUUACCAACAAGACCUAGAACUCGAGCUUCAUCUGCUAAAGCACGUCUUAAUACAACAUUUCCUACAUAUAAUGAACCAAUAGAGGAUAAUAUAAAACAACAACGUCGAGAAAUUAAAUCAGCUCAAGCAAUUCGAUCAAAUGAUGAAACAAAAUUAUCCGAUGAAGAAAAUCAAAAAGAUUCUACUCAAUUUUAUUCUGACGUAAUACAACAACAACAACAAGAACCACCAUCGAUUCCUUUAACACCAACUCCACCACCUACAAAUGGUUAUCAAAAACCUGUUAAUUAUUAUCCUCCAAAUGAACCACCACCAACACCUAUUGAUAAAAAACUUUUUCGUUCGAAAACGGACUUUAUUUCUGUUCCUCCAAAUUUACAUUAUAUUCAUCGUCCAGGUGUUAUUUCAGUUACAAAUAUUGAUAAACCACCUAUUGUACGAGAAAAUUCAGCAUCUAGAAAAUCCAAUAAACAUAUUCGACGACAUCACCGUCAUCAUCGUGAAAAACGACAUGAACCAUUACUUGCUCUAACACCAAUGACACAAUCAGUAAAAAUACCUGUUGAAAUUGAUGGUAUUAAAUUAAUAUAUGAUCCAUCAUUAACAUUAGAUGAUCCAUCAUUAAAUUUAACAAAAUAUUUUAUUGAAGGACGUUUAUAUUUAAUCAAAGGUCAACAUUAUAAUGUUUUAGAAAAUAUUGAUCCAACAAUGAUUGAAAAAUACAAUCAAAAUUUAACUCUUCCUCAACGUCCAAAAUAUUAUCAAACAAUACCUGUUGAAAAAUUUCAAGUACCUAAACCACCACCAGAAUUUCAUUUUAAUGCAUCAGAAACAUAUUUUUAUAAUACAUUACCAAAACGUUUACAUCGUUAUGUAGUUGAUCCAAAUUUUAUUUCAGAAAAUCUUAAUGUUAAUAAAAUCUCUAUGUCAAAACGACCUUUAACAGCAACUGUUGUUCAUUCAACAAUUAAUGAUAUUAAUCGACAACAAACAACUCCAACAACUGUUUAUACUUGA